CGCCUCGCCGCGCUACCGCACGCCAAAAUAAAAGCCCGGAGUAAACGCCACUAUGGUCCGGGUGCGGGAGCACAGAGCGCUGCUCGGCGGUGGAUAUCAGCGGUUAUUAUACCUGCCUCAUCGGGGAGGACACCUCAGAGGCUCCAGCCUGCUGUGAGGGCAACAGCCGAGCUCCGCUUAUCUUAUCUUAUUUUAUUUUAUUUUAUAUUGUAUUUGCCCUCUUUAACGCCGCCCCUCCGAGUCGUCUCACGCUGGUCUGCGAUGAAGAUCGUUAAAGGGCAUUAAAGGCAGGUUCUCCAUGGGGAGCGCGUGAGGAGCGGGCCCGGAGAACGUCUGGAGAACGUCUGGAGAACGCCCCGCGCCCUCGAGAAGCUCGCAGAACCAUGAAAAACUGCGAGUACCAGCAGAUAGAUCCUCAGGCGCUGGCGACUCCCACUCCCACUCCCACGCCCACUCCAGCACCGACUCCCUCUGCCCGAGCCUGCCCGGAGAAGAAGCCCCGGCGCCCGCAGAGGAAAUGGGAAGUGUUCCCCGGCAAGAACCGCUUCUACUGCGACGGGAGGAUCAUCGUGGCCCGGCAGAGUGGGGUUCUCCCCCUCACCCUGGGUCUCAUCCUGGUCACCAGUGGGCUCUUCUUCAUAUUCGACUGCCCUUUCCUGGUGAAACACCUGACCGGCUUCAUCCCCGUGAUCGGAGGAGUCCUCUUCGUGUUUGUGGUCAUCUCUCUUCUUCAGACCAGCUUCACUGACCCAGGAAUUCUGCCCAGGGCGACGCCAGAGGAGGCGGCUGACAUCGAGAAGCAGAUCGACAACCCCACCGGCUCCUCGUCCUCCUACCGGCCCCCCCCUCGCACCAAAGAGGUCGUCAUCAACCAGCAGGUGGUUAAACUGAAGUACUGCUUCACCUGCAAGAUCUUCCGGCCGCCGCGCACCUCCCACUGCAGCCUGUGUGACAAUUGCGUGGAGCGGUUUGACCACCACUGCCCCUGGGUGGGGAACUGCGUGGGAAAGCGCAACUAUCGCUUCUUCUACACGUUCAUCGUCUCGCUGUCCUUCCUCACCGCCUUCAUCUUCGGCUGUGUGACCACGCACCUCGCUCUGAGAUCACAGGGAGGAAACGGGCUGGUUUUUGCACUCCAGGAAAGUCCUGCCAGUGCUUUGGAGCUGGUGGUCUGCUUCUUCUCAGUCUGGUCUAUUUUGGGCCUCUCAGGUUUCCACACAUAUCUGCUCGCUGCUAAUCUCACUACAAACGAAGACAUUAAAGGUUCCUGGUCGGGGAAGAGCGGAAACGAGGAGACGGGGAACCCCUACAGUUACAACAGCAUAUUUAAAAACUGCUGCUCGGUUCUCUGUGGGCCGAUGCCCCCGAGUUUGAUCGACAGAAGAGGCUUCGUGCCCUCGGAGGACGGCGCCGAGAUCGGCCCGGCGGAGAUCGAGCUUCCUGCUGCUAAAAACGACGUCAACAUGGAGAUCUACCUUCCUCUGGAGUCUGCUCCAAACAACGAACUCCUUCAGACGUCCCUGAUCGGCCGGAUCGGAUGCGUUCGGUGCACCCAGGGGACCAAAGGCCUGCUGGAGACGGCCACUCGCUCUCCUUUCCUCUCCAGCCCCUGUCCUCAAGCCAAGUCCCAGGCCAUACCCCCGCCAGCACUGGACGCUCUGCCCAGCAUCACUCCCUCUCCCUCUCCCUCUCCCUCUCCAGGUCCAGGUCCAGGUCCUGGUCCUGCUCUGGAGCAAACUAAAGUGUCCCGGGAGCGUCCGGCAGCUACCACACCCCACAGGCACCACUCUCAUCACAGAAGCCGGAGCAAACGAACCGCACAACAAGGCCAUAACCCGGGCCAUGCCUCCAACCCUCCCGCCUCCCCAGGGCCGAGGCGCAGCCACAGCUCGAGGAGCCGGAAAGACUCCAAAACUCGAGACCCAAAGUUCACACCUCUGCACUGAUCACCACAACAGUGUUCGUCUCAGAGCUCCUGUAAAUAGGGGACACAACUCUCUCUGUUACAGUCACUAUUAGAAGAAGAUGCUGCAGGUCAGAUGUUUUCACGUAGAGCUUCAGUUGUGCCAGUGCUUCACGAUGCUCCGAAAAAACCCUCCUCAGGCUGGACAUCUAAUGAAGAAACGGGUUCAACUCGAGUUAAUCACAGAUUUGACUGAUCAUCAUCUUAGCAGGACAGAGGCAGCGGACGUUCUGGACGCUAAAUGGACCAUAGCCAUCGCGUCCGCUGUCGGCGCCGAUCAGCAUGUGCCAAGCCGGCUGGGGAUCGACAUGCUUUAUUUGAACAGCAAUAAUUUUACAAUGUCCUGUACAUGGAAUGAGCUCUGGGAUCCACUAAUCGGGCCUUUGAGGCCACAUCUGGGAUACAUUGGUCAAGCCUGACUGAGCCAAGGCUGGCCUACUUUAUGCAAAUAACAGUGCAUGCCUGGAAAAUGUAGCUCACACUUGAUUAUUCAUUGUGCACGGUUCAUGACGGGGAAAAACAAAGCGUUUCAAAGCAAAAUUCCCCUGUUUUCCGUACAGACGUCACCUUCAGAUCUUGUGUUUGUGAUUUGUCCAUGGGUUGUAAGCGUUUAGGGAUAAAAGAGUGACCAACCUUCAGGAAAUAAUGAGUUAAACACACUGGAGCGUCCAGGGAUCUGUUACACAACACAUGGUCAGCUUAGUCUGGGGUAGCUGCUCUCAGCUCGUUUGAUGAUGGUGGUUAACAGCUUUCUUUGUUAGCCAGUGGACAACCAUGACUAGAAACAAGAAAGGUGUCAGAAGGCUGCCCCUGAUUGGUCAGAAGGCUGUCCCUGAUUGGUCAGAAAGCUGUUCUAAUUGGUCAGAAGGCUCACCCUGAUUGGUCAAAAGGCUGUUCCUAAUUGGUCAAAAGGCUGACCCUGAUUGGUCAGAAGGCUGUCCCUGAUUGGUCAGAAAGCUGUUCUAAUUGGUCAGAAGGCUGACCCUGAUUGGUCAGAAGGCAGUCCCUGAUUGGUUAGAAGGCUGUCCCCAAUUGGUCAGAAAGCUGUUCUAAUUGGUCAGAAGGCUGACCCUGAUUGGUCAGAAGGCUGUCCCUGAUUGGUCAGAAGGCAGUCCCUAAUUGGUCAGAAAGCUGUUCUAAUUGGUCAGAAGGCUGACCCUGAUUGGUCAGAAGGCAGUCCCUGAUUGGUCAGAAGGCUGUUCUAAUUGGUCAGAAGGCUCACCCUGAUUGGUCAAAAGGCUGUUCCUAAUUGGUCAGAAGGCUCUCCCUGAUUGGUCAAAAGGCUGUUCCUAAUUGGUCAAAAGGCUGACCCUGAUUGGUCAGAAGGCUGUCCCUGAUUGGUCAGAAAGCUGUUCUAAUUGGUCAGAAGGCUGACCCUGAUUGGUCAGAAGGCAGUCCCUGAUUGGUUAGAAGGCUGUCCCCAAUUGGUCAGAAAGCUGUUCUAAUUGGUCAGAAGGCUGACCCUGAUUGGUCAGAAGGCUGUCCCUGAUUGGUCAGAAGGCAGUCCCUAAUUGGUCAGAAAGCUGUUCUAAUUGGUCAGAAGGCUGACCCUGAUUGGUCAGAAGGCAGUCCCUGAUUGGUCAGAAGGCUGACCCUGAUUGGUCAGAAGGCAGUCCCUGAUUGGUCAGAAGGCUGUUCUAAUUGGUCAGAAGGUUCACCCUGAUUGGUCAGAAGGCUGUCCCCAAUUGGUCAGAAAGCUGUUCUAAUUGGUCAGAAGGUUCACCCUGAUUGGUCAGAAGGCUGUCCCCAAUUGGUCAGAAAGCUGUUCUAAUUGGUCAGAAGGCUGACCCUGAUUGGUCAGAAGGCUGUCCCUGAUUGGUCAGAAGGCAGUCCCUAAUUGGUCAGAAAGCUGUUCUAAUUGGUCAGAAUGCUCACCCUGAUUGGUCAGAAGGCAGUCCCUGAUUGGUCAGAAUCUCAGCCCUUAUUGGUCUGAAGCUCAACUUUGUUUGGCCAGAAGUCUGUCCCUGAUAGUCAGAUGCUCAUUUCUGAUUGGUCAGAAGCUCAUUUCUGAUUGGUCAGAAGUUCAGUUCUGAUUGGUCAGAAGCUCAGUUGUGAUUGGUCAGAAGGUCAGUUCUGAUUGGUCAGAAGCUCAGUUCUGAUUGGUCAGUAAGUUGUUUAUGAUCUGUAAUCCUAAACUUAUUUGGCCAUGGAGCAGGUUAGAUGGGCAGCCUUUUUUUUUGUCUUGCUAUGUGAAGCGACCUUGGGUUUGUGAAAGGCGCUAUAUAAAUGUAAUUUAUUAUUAUUAUUAUUAUUAUUAUUAUUAUUAUUAUUAUUAUUAUUAUUAUUAUUAUUAUUAUUAUUAUUAUAAGUUGCCAUGGUGACGUGUUCCAGGGAAAGUGCUCCACUGUCAUGAGUUAGUCCAGGCUUAGAUUGAACUAAACUUGCUGUUAGCUGGAUUAGAAACAGAUCCUGCUUUGUGAGUCAGACCCCUGGAUAAUCUGCAUCCCUUCACCAUCAUAUUUCACAAUAUUUGGUCACUUUAUCAGCAUCAUCAUAAUUGGUGUGUUGAUAAACUCCGAAGCAGUGGAGCGUAAACUUUGAUUUCCGCUGUGGUUCAGUGAUUGGAUGAUUAAGAACUGUGUGUUGCAAUAUUUUACUGAUUUGUGACCCAUGUGUUUGGCCAACUGGACAAACUUGUAUCUCUGUCCACACCAACACACGUUUACUAUAGGUUUAGGAGAAUAAGCUGUUAAUGGAGCGUCGUUAUCCAGGUUUUGUCUUUUAAUAUGCAAACUAAACGUGAGUUGAAAUGUGGAUGCUGAACGUUCAUGUUUACCUGCUAAAAACUCUUUUGCAAUAUUUGCACAAAUAAAUUCAAGAGGCUAACUGGA